AUGGUUAACGAUAGUGAUCCGGGGGCACAGGUCGGAAACGCCAACGCUCCCCAGCCACAAUGGAGGGCCCCUGGAACCAAUGGGUCCGGGUUUCCACCGCCCUCGCCAACAGCGCAACCUUGGACAGAUCAUAACGCCAACACCGAUAAGACUCGGAACUGGUCAGGCAAGUUCAGCUUGCACAAGACCCUUGGAAACGGCGACAGUGGUGCAUCGAAUAGUUCUCAUCCGCCUGCAAGGUCCCGCGUGCGGCCGGCGUUGUCACGGAGGUGGUCUAAGCCAGAAAAUGGCGGGACGGUGAUAUUCGCGGGGCAUGUAGUCCUCAUUAUCUUCGAGGUCAUUGCGAUUGUCAUCGCCUCACAGAGCCUUGUGCGGGUCAAGAAAUUUCCGGGACUGGUUCAGAGGGCCGAGUUUGUCUCCAUGAUAUCGUUGAUAUCCAUGUGCGUCGAGGUUGGCGCUUGGAUCAUCGUCACCUUGGUGGCGUGCUCUUGCUUGGGGAUGGCCCUCUCCGUUGCUUUUGCCGCCCUCCUCUGUCUCAAUGCCACCGCGACAGGAUCGUAUCUCAUUUUUGCGAUGAAGGUCAACCUAGACAGGGCUCUCUGCGAUGAAUACGGUGAAGAGUCGGCAGAGUGCUGGGUUGGUCUGAGGAUGGGCAUGGCGGUGGGCGUGUUCCGUGUAUUGCUGCUACCAGUUGGCGUUGCGAUUAUGACAGGAUACUUCAUGCGAAGGAGGUCGAAGAAAUAUGAGAGAUGA